AUGCUGCCAUUCAGGGUCCUCUUAAACUUUGUCUCACUAAGUUAUUUGGAAGACAACCUUAAUGCCAAUAAUGAUGAGCUCUAUUGUUUCCCUUCCAACCAGGUACAGGGAACCAUCCUUCCAGCUCCAAAUUUCAAUCCUGUUAUGGAUGCCCAAAUGAUAGGGGGAGCCCUUCAAGGAUUUGACUGCAACAAAGACAUGUUGAUUGAUAUAUUAACUCAGCGCUGUAAUGCACAAAGGAUUAUGAUUGCAGAGGCAUAUCAGAGCAUGUAUGGCAAGGAUUUGAUUGAAGACCUGAAGGAGAAUCUUUCAGGACAUUUUAAGGAUGUUAUGGUUGGUCUGAUGUACCCACCACCAGCUUAUGAUGCUCAUGAGCUCUGGCAUGCCAUGAAGGGGGCAGGCACAGAAGAGAAUUGCCUCAUUGAUAUAUUAGCAUCAAGAACAAAUGGAGAAAUUUUCCAGAUGAAAGAAGCAUACUAUUUGCAAUACAAUAGUGACCUUCAGCAAGACAUUUACUCAGAGACUUCUGGACACUUCAGAGACACACUUAUGAAUCUAGUCCAGGGAACCAGGGAGGAAGGUUACGCCAAUCCUGCUAUGGCUGCCCAAGAUGCAAUGGUUCUAUGGGAAGCUUGUCAACAAAAGACAGGAGAACAUAAAACCAUGCUACAAAUGAUCCUCUGUAACAAGAGCUACCAGCAAUUGUGGAUGGUUUUUCAGGAAUUUCAAAAUAUUUCUGGACAAGACAUGGUAGAUGCCAUUAAUGAAUGCUAUGAUGGAUACUUUCAGGAGCUACUUGUGGCAAUAGUUCUCUGUGUCCGGGACAAACCUGCCUUCUUUGCUUAUAGACUGUACAGUGCAAUCCAUGAAUUUGGUUUCCAUAACAAAACCAUUAUCAGGAUUCUAAUUGCCAGAAGUGAAAUAGACCUAAUGAAUAUACGGAAAAGAUACAAAGAAAGAUAUGGAAAAUCUCUUUUUCAUGAUAUCAAAAAUUUUGCUUCAGGACAUUAUGAGAAAGCUUUGCUUGCCAUCUGUGCUGGUGAUGUUGAAGACUAUUAA